AUGAGCACUACUCAUCAGCUGGCAUUCUCCGCCCACGCAUCGCCAGUAUCGAAUCAAGCAGUUCCGCCUCCCGUUCAGAAUAAUGCGCGCGCCAAUUACCCGGACAUGUUAGGACAGCCACCAGUCCCUCCCCCGAGGAGCUCGUCUACGCAUCACAGCCGCCGCAGUCCCAACGGAGCGUCUGAGAAAGGGUCGCGACAGGGAAAGAACCGAUCCGAUCGCAAGGAAAAUCGAGAGCGAACCCGCGACGACCGUAACGGGAAAACCCGAUCAAGACGAGCAGAUCCCUUAGAAGAGACUACACGUGAGGGGUCAAGAGGUGCGCCGCCGGUCUCAUACCCGGAAGAAGACCGCGGCCUAGAGAACAUGUCUGGCCUGGGAGCUUCUCUGGAGAAAGAGGCGAGCGCGGUUAUCAACUCGGUGCAGGUCAGCGAUCCCGUCGUAGAUCGGACGAGAGAGCAGGUGCGACAAGAAAGUGCACUGGCAGCGGCAAUCGCACCACAAGAAUCGGCGCAAAACUUCGGUAUGACUGGAACUGAGCCCGCCGAGGAGGAAACGCGCACUGGCCAUCGCAGUCGCCAUGAUUAUAGCAAUAACGGGAACACCGUCAAGCGAAAGGAGACCACAUUCGGAACUUAUAUUCUUGGACAAACCCUUGGCGAGGGUGAGUUCGGGAAGGUCAAGCUUGGCUGGAAGCGCGACGGCAGCAUCCAAGUAGCUAUCAAGCUUAUUCGCAGGGAAUCUCUGGGUUCCAACCCCAGCAGAUUGCCCAAGAUCUAUCGUGAGAUUGCAAUUUUGCGGGAGCUUGCACACCCUAACAUUGUCCGUCUUCACGAGAUGGUUGAAACGGACCGGCACAUCGGUAUCAUCAUGGAGUACGCAUCUGGAGGUGAACUUUUUGACUACAUUCUGAACAAUCGGUAUCUAAAAGAUAAUUCUGCUCGUCGGCUGUUUGCACAAUUGAUUUCAGGUGUCGGCUACCUGCACAAGAAGGGUAUUGUGCACCGAGAUCUGAAGCUGGAAAACUUGUUGCUGGACAGGAAUCGCAACAUUAUCAUCACAGAUUUCGGCUUCGCCAACACAUUCGACCCAACCGACCCAUUAGACGAAGAGAUCGAGUACAACCUCACCAAUAAAGAAUACGUCAAGCGGAAGCGACUAGAUAAGCUGGGUCCCGAUGGAUUUAGGCGAGGUGACCUGAUGCAGACGAGCUGUGGAAGUCCUUGCUACGCAGCUCCGGAAUUGGUUGUUAGUGACUCCCUGUACACCGGACGCAAAGUGGACGUGUGGAGCUGCGGUGUCAUUUUGUAUGCCAUGUUGGCUGGUUACCUCCCAUUUGACGAUGACCCCGCAAACCCCGAUGGAGACAACAUCAACCUUCUUUACAAAUACAUCGUGACCACCCCUCUCACCUUUCCCGAAUAUGUCACCCCCCAUGCUCGUGACCUUUUGAGGCGGAUACUGGUCCCCGAUCCUCGGAAGCGUGCCGACUUGUUUGAGGUUGCUCGCCACAGCUGGUUGAGUGAAUACUCUCACAUCGUCUCACAUAUCACUAGCAGCACAACAGAUGUUGCAGACAUUGCCAACACGACGGUACCGUCCGAGCACCAGGAGGCACCGACUCUUGUUCGUAGUGCCUCGGUUCGUGAGCCGCCCAAAUCAGCACACCAACUUCCAGUCGUGGCUGUUGGUGGGCUCAACCACCACGCUGGAGAUGUCUCCCAGGAUUCGCCAAGCGAAAAGUCGAAGAAUUCGAAGGAUGCGAAGCGGAGGACGGUACAGGUCGAAUACGUUGCUCCUCAAUCGCAAACAACCCGAGGAGAAUACCAGGACAACGCGGGACCUCACACCCGCGACGAAACUCAAGCGAGCGUGACGUCCGAGAAGCCGCGCACGACCUCAAAAACUGCUCCGAAGCCGCCCAUCAACCUAGACAAGCCCUUGCCUGGACAUUUCCCUCGUUCCACUUCGGAAAACCCCGGCCUUACUGGCUCACACACCUAUGCCCCGGCGCCUUCAAACACGCGGCCCCAGACAGGUGGCUCAAUGGCAUCCUUCCACACUGGUCGUCUCCCUUCGCGGGGCUCCUAUGGACAGCCCGUGGCACCCAUGGUCACUGCUACCAAUACCGAGGGUCGUUUAGCGCAGCCCAAAAGCGGACAAUUCUCUCUGGUGCAAAGCCCUGCUCAGGUGUCCAGUGCAUCCAUUGGUCGCCCCAGCACCCAGCAGCUUCCAUCGGCAUUCAACCCGACUCCUCGACAAGAGCCCCCCCAAGAGCGGCCACAAGCGAUCCAGCACUGUGGGCGCAGCUCCCAGGCUCAGAAUAGUCGUGCCCGACAAAACCGGCGGUACCCUCCUACCAGCAUGAAGGAUCCUCUGCCCCGGGAAGAUUCGCGUCAGUCUAUGGAUUCUCGGCGUUCCAUGCAAUACUCGCAUAGCCGCAAGGCGAGCGAGGCGGAAGGUCGGCCUCGUCGAUUCUCCCUUCUGCCAUCUUCCUUUUCGUUCCGCAACUUCUCUGGUCGCGCUCAGAGUCCUGAAGAAUCAUCACAAACGCCGCGAACAGUUGAUCCUCAAAGCCAGCGCCCAGCUACCGGCCCUAUGUCAACCCGUCCUCGUGCAACCAGCUACGGAACGCAGGAGGCUAUGAGUAUGGUGAAUGAGGGUCCUGCGGACGAGGUACACGAGCAGAAAGAUUCGGAGCCAUUGAGUUAUGAGGCUCAAAUUGACCAACAAUUUGCUGAGCUUGGAAACCGAUUCGAACAGACCGACGAAUCCUUUGGUGCCAUCUCGUCCGAGCAAGUCUACCAGCAGAAUGACGAUGACCAAUACAAUGGUUCUCAUUACAAGUACUCCUCGAAGCCGAACUACUAUGACGACUACAACGGCACUUACGACAGCUUGCCUAGACAAUCCACGCAAGUUGACCGACGGGGACCAAGCGUCUUGCAGAAGAAUCACCGCAAAUUUGCUGACGCCUAUGAGUACGAGCGAGACUCCUCUCACCACUCCGGAAGCUCAGGCGCUGCCCGAAAGGUCAUGGACUUUUUCCGAAGGCGUGCCAAGUCUCGGGCUGGCGACGACCGGUAA